UUCAAGUUUAUCAGACAGAUUCACAUGAAGCAGCUGUCACUAGACUGCUGUUGAGCUGAACUGUUCUUCCUUUGACUAUUUUAAUAACCUUUCAUUAAACUGCAAAUAAAUCAAUUCUAGCAUUAGUUUUAAUAGCAGUACUCAACAUGAUGUUUUUAUCAGCAGCCGGAUGUGUGUUGAUGGUUUAUAUUCUCUGCAUCUCAGGUGUUGAAGGAAAACCAAACAGCAUCUUUGCUUUGAAAGGAUCAUCAGUGAAUCUGAGCUGCUCAGCUCCACGUUCAGCUGCAAACGUCAAUUGGUACAUGGUGAGCAAGGAUCAUGCAGGAUAUGUUUAUCAUAAUGUGUCUGCACAUAGAAAUCAUGAAGACUUCAGUUUUUCAGAGGAUCAUUUCACUCUGACAAUCAGAGAUCUAAGAGAGUGCACAGGAAAAUGUUACUGCUGUAGUGAAACUACUCCUAAAGCGACACCAGAUGAAACCGACAGCUGUCAGCAGAACAGCAUUCAGCUCCAGGUUAUAGACCUCCAGGUAAAGGUGUUUCCUGCCUCAGAGGGACAGAAAGUGACUCUGAUGUGCUCAAGCAGCUGUCCUCUGACUGAAAGCCCUGCAGCCUUCAUCUGGUACCAGGACGGAGAGUUCCUCUAUGAGGACUGGUCCCCCUGGUACCAAGAACUGGUCAGCAGCGAUCAGGCAGUCAGAUACUCCUGUGCUAUCAAAGGCUACGAGGAUCUCAGAGCUCCUGACGUCUCAGUGGAUUCUGUCUCAGGAAGCUGCUUCAGUGUGACCUACGCUGAAGGGACAAUGUGUUCCUACAAAUCACAGAAACAGUCCUGCUCCAUCACAUUUCCUACAGAAGUUCGUGUUGAAAGAAAAAUGUUGGACAAGGACCAUUUCAAGAUGACGUGUAACUCCAGCUGUUCUCUGACUGACAACAAAACUUCAUUUCAGUUGUACAAAAACACAGAAAGUGGUGAACAGAAAGUUGUUGACAACCCUUCAGUUCCCGCCUCGUCAUUAGACAGCUUCUUCUGCGCUGUGAAGGAUCAUCAUGAUCUGCUUUCUAAUGAAGUUUGUGUUAAUGGUAGCGACUGCUGGAGUGUGAAUUAUGACAGCAGGAGAAUCUGUGGCCUGAAAGGUUCAUCAGUGAACAUCUCCAGCAAAUACUCACAUCCUGAAUACCAACAGACACUGACUAAUCGCUGGUAUAAAAUGAAGAUAAAUACAAAGCAGGAGGAAGAGGUGAUGGAGAAUAAAACUGAUGUGAAUUAUCAGAAUGACACAAGGAACCAACACAUCCUCAGAUUAAACAACCUGGAUGAGAAAAACUCAGGAGAAUACGAGUUCAGAAUGAAAACAGAGCAAUAUGAACGGAAAUCAUCUCGUUUUCCUGGAGUUACUCUGAUUGUAACAGGUCUCCUAGUGGAUGUGCAACCUGCUGCAGAGGUCACUGAGGGUCAGAGAGUCACAUUGACCUGCAGCAGCAGCUGUCCUCUCAGUGAAAACACAAACUACAUUUGGUACUUGAACAGUCGGCCUCUGAGUCUGACUAAAACACCAAACAAACAUCUGAUUAUAGAUGCAGUUAGCAGAGAGAAUGAAGGCAACUACUCCUGUUCUGUUGAAACGAUCCACUCAACUGGAAAGACUCUGACUGUACAAAGAAGAAGAACACCUACAACAACAACCUCUUCAGCAACAACAGUAAACUGGAUACUAGUAGCUGCAGGACUCUCUGUGUUUCUUUUGGUCCUGGUAUCUUUGACUGUUUUCUUGUAUAGGAAAUUCAAGCCAUCUCAUCAGUCUUCUAAAAGGGAAUCUGUCAACAAUAUGGAUGAGAUAAAUACCGAUCAUAUGAAUGAAGAGUUUGCAGCUCCACCAGCAGAACAGGAACUUCAUUACAGCCAGAUAGCUUUGGAGAAAAUAAACCCCAUUUACUCCAGCUACCAGCAGCACCAAGAGCAAGAACAUGUCACCUAUUCUGUGGUCAAAACAAGAACAAGCACCAAUUCAAACUCAACCAGAUAGAACCAACAGCUGUGAGUCUAACCAUGUGUUGUGUUGUUUUUAUACUUUCAAGACAAAGUUUAAUUGUGGUUAAAAGAACAGUUUUAUUAAUAAACAAACAAAAUCUAUAUUGCUAGUGCCUACAACCUGUUGUUAACUUCAGACAUUACAAUAAAGGUUUGUUUCUGUAUUCAAUCAACCAAUCAAUCAAAUUGUACCUCACAUUUCAGCAACAAGGCAUUUCAAAGUGCUUUACAUCAUAAAAACACAGUCAUGCAACAUUGAAUCAACAAUCGAAACAUUACAUUAAGUCAAAUGCCAUCGUUAAAUUCUCAAUCCAUUAUACUUCGAAGUAUAAUGGAUACUCAAUCAGCUCUAAUCGAUCAGCUCUUUAAUUAGAGCUGAUCGAAGGCAGGUCUAAUCAGCUGGGAUUUUAGUCUAGAUUUUAAGGAACUCAGUGUUUUUGCAGUUUUCUGGGACUUUGUUCCAGAUUUGUGGUGCAUAGAAGCUGAAUGCCGCUUCUCCUCGUUUGGUUCUGGUUCUGGGGAUGCACAGCAGACCAGAACCAGAAGACCUGAGAGGUUCUGGAAGGUUGAUACAACAGCAGCAAAUCUUUAAUGUAUUGUGGUGCUAAACCAUUCAGUGAUUUAUAAACUAACAACAGUAUUUGAAAGUCUAUUCUUUGAGCGACAGGGAGCCAAUGGAGGGACUUUAAAACUGGUGUUAUGUGCUCUAUCUUCCUGGUUUUAGUGAGAACUCCAGCAGCAGCAUUCUGGAUCAGCUGCAGCUGUUUGAUUGAUUUUUCUUUUAGGCAGACCUGUGAAGACACUGUUGCAAUAAUCAUUGUGGCUGAAGAUAAAUGCAUGGAUGAGUUUCACUAGAUCUGGCUGAGACAUUAGUCCUUUAAUCCUGGAAAUGUUCUUCAGGUUAUAGAAGGCCGGCUUUGUAACUGUCUUUACGUGGCUAUGGAUGUUCAGGUCAGUGUCCAUCACUACUCCCAGGUUUCGGGCCUGAUCGCUGGUUUUUAGUUGUAAUAACUGAAACUGCACUAGGUCCAAAAAUAAUAACUUCAGUUUUGUUUUUGUUCAGCUUAAGAAAGUUUUGGCACAUCCACACAUUUAUCUGUUCUAAGCAUCUGUUCAGUGAAUAGAUGGGUUCUGAGUCACCUGGUGACAUCAUAAUGUAGAGCUGUGUGUCAUCCGCACACAGCUCUACUGAUAUUAUUAUAUAUUAUUAUUAUAGUAAUAUAGUUUUAAGCUGAGCCGGUGGGAGUAUGGCUCAGAAUGCAUCAGCUUUGGAUUUCAAAGCAUAUUAGGACUCUGGGACACAUAUUUGUAAGAAUUCAACUAUGGACAGCAAGAUUUUUAUUUGAAGAGAUUCUAUCAAUUUUACUUUGAAAGGCCAACAAAAUUCAGGUCUUAUUUAAAUCUAGUAGUAAUUUAGCUCCACCCAGGCGUUUUGAACAGCUGAAUUGUUGCCAUGGAGAUCAAAGGAUUUCUCAAACAUGCAUGAAGGAAUCAAAGCAAAACUCCUGGUAUGUUUUGAUGAGGGAGUAGCAUUAUAACAUGAUGUAAAGCUCAAAAAUAUUGACUUUACAUUAUUCUCCCACCUUUACAAGAGUUCUGGCCUUAAGUUUUUGUGAAGUAUAAAAUGUCCUGCCCAUAAAAAAGAAAAUGUGCUCCCAAUCUCACCAUCGUGAGUAAAAGAACUCUUUCAUGCUUGUGCAGUAUUUGGCCUUAAUGGGUCUAUUUUUCAUGAGGUGCUUUAAAGGUAAAACCAGUAGACACAGAGGGAGAACAGUUAUCUUGUUUGAUCUCUUCUAUAAUUCAGUAUGUUACUGUUAGAAGUUCAUUCUAUUUAUUGCUUCUAUUUAAAAUCAUUUUAUCUCAGCUGUGAAAGCAAAAGUUUUAAAAAUGUGUUCCUCGUUUGUAGACUUCUUUUGCUAAAAGAAAAGUGAGUAUGAAUAAAUAAAGGUAAAGAGAAGUAAUUUAAAAGGUUAUGUUCUGAACCUCUUUGCUUGAGGUUGGCUGAGCAAAGAGGAUUUAGUUUUUCCUAUCUGAUACAAUUUUGAAACAGAGAUACUGAAUUAAACCUAAACUUUUGUGAACAUUUGUAUAUCUAUUCUUUUAUCUUGUUUAUUUUAAAAACUGGUCAGCAUUUACCCAAUAACUCUGAAAGUCAGCCCCAGUGCACUGAUGAAAACACUUACUGAACAUAAAGUGAGAAAUAAAGUUGAGGAAGUGAAACCAGAGACUUUUUUAUGGGAACUCUCUGUCACCCCUAACUAAAGAAAAACAAAGUGACUAAGGCUUUUCAAGGCAAGCUCGAGAAGAUAAAACUAAUUUCAAUAUGCAGAUGAUACAUGCUUUCUUCACACCUGACCACUAAUCCAAAAAUAUUUUUAUUUGAUUUUGUACUGUAAUAGUGAUGCAUCAACAACUGGUUGCAGAAGUUCAUUUUGUGUAGGUUUUUAAGUUUGCCGUUUUCUUAGUGUUAUAAAAGAAUAUUCCUUUUUUUUUAGGUAAAAUCUUUAGAAAAUGUUCAGAAACAUGUAUUGUUUUAGGAGGGAAAGUGUGAAGUAAUUUAAAUAUUAGAUUUAAAAAGGAAUUCAUAUAUUUUUUAGCAUAUUUCAUUAUUAUUUAAAAGUAUCUUUGAAACAUUAACAACCCUGAACUACAGGAUUUCAAUCACAUCUGGAUUUAUCUGGAUAAUUAGACAUCUGGAACUCUUUUAAAGUGCCUUCUCUCUUUAUUGUGGCUUUGUUGGACUGAUGUGAUUUUAGAUACAUAAUUUACAUUCAUAUUCAAUAAUUUACUAUAUUUAUCCUGAUGAGUCUCAUUUGUCAUUAAAAGUAAAUUUUUACAAAUGUACUUGAGGAAGGUAUUAAACAGUCUUUUAAUAAAACCCAACACUUCAGUUUUCAAAGAUGGUUUAUUUUUUUAUUGCACCGAUGUAAUUCUAAAUGUUUUAUUAGCUUUUAGCAAAAAUCAUCAUGACUAAUAGAAAUAAAGAUGUUAAAACAUAAAUCUUCGUCUAAUUGAUUUAUUUAAUAUGCGGUCGCGCUCACCGGGUUUUUAUGAGUUGUUUUCUGUGUGUGUGUGUGUGUGUUUAAGAACUGACAAUCUGAUUGGAUCAAAAAUUGCAAUAAACUGUAACAAAAAAGAAAUUGUGGCAACAAAACCCAGAAACAAAUCUUAUGUCUGUAGUAAUAAAAUUUAUUACCAUAUAAGUAAACACCUCAAUAUGUGAUUGGGGGGAAAAAAAACAACAAACAAACGAUACAAAAUCAUUAUUUGCCUUUGUUAUGUUUGCAAGUAGCAGCAGGUCCCACGAUCUGUUACAUUUAAAUCUCUGCAAAAGUUUCCUAUGGAGACAGAAAACGUUUGGAAAUAGGCAGCAAGGCGUGUAGGAGUGCGUCUAAACAAUA